ACCUGUCAAGAAGUGGGACAUAAACGUUUGCUUCGCGCUUUCGUUCGGGACCACUUUCUUACAAUGCAUUCAAGAGAAGAACCCACUCACACAUUCAACUCAAUGAGUUAUCCUUUUUUGACAAAUAGUAGCAUUUUAAGACAUGAUGCCAACAAGCUGGCUAUGCUGGUUCGUCAAUCGUGGUUUUUUCUCGAUGUGAUUGCUAAGAGUAUUGCCCAGACGAUUUUCCAUCGGUCACUUCUUAAGUGUCCAAGAAAGGAUCGGCUGCCUUUGGAUAUACUGGAUCAAAUUGGAGGCUUCAUAGCCUCUCUGAUUUCACUAUUAAUUUCUAAGCAUAGAGAACUUCCUAAGGAGUCACGUACAGGAAUUACUUGUGUCGCUUUCUUUUUACGGUGCUGUCUGAGCUUUGUUGAUCGAGGUGUUGUGUUCAAAUGGAUUAAUUCUACUUUGCAACGUCUAGACGACUGUGAAUCUAAGGUAAUGAGAGAGUAUAAGCUGGAUAUUCUUUCAAUAAUUUCUCAGCAUGAGCAUUGGUUACCUUUGUGUCUUCCUGUUCUAAUUAACCCAAGGAAUCAGAUCCAACGACUAAGCAAUCGUGCAAUGAGCUCCGAUUAUUCUGAGGGAACAGGUUCGUCAAUUAUAUUAGUUAUAGUUGUUUCAGAUCUAGGUUGCUCUGCAGAAUGGUCUCUUAAUCCGACAUACGCAUCUCAUCAUUUUCCUUCAGGGCUGGUGUUUCAGGAACUCUACGUUUGUGUAAGGGAACCCCGAGAUUUUCGUCAUCGAGCUAUCGUAUUGCUGAGGAAUUUGCUUGCAAAACAUUCGUAUGACAAAAGAUAUUCGGAUAUGAAUAUUCAACGUCGAUUAGCAGUGAUUUAUUUACCCAUCGUACGUUUCGCCAUGGACUAUAUUGCUGAAAUAGAGGAUUCCUUGGGUACUGGUUCUGGCGAUGUGUUUUCUUUCAGCAUUCCUAUUCCAGUUUUUCUUCUUGGAGUGAUUUUUUUUGCUUUACAGGAAGAAGUGCAAGAUAUUCUUGUUGGUGUGUUAUAUGUGAUUCAUCGUAUGCCUAAAUUUAUCUUGGGUGCUUUAUGCGUGGAUAGUGGACAAAAUUUGCUACUUCAACUUUUUCGACUGCUGGAAAUUGCUCUUGAAGCUUUCCGUUAUCGAGGAAAAGAAUCCAGAGUACCAGUAGAAAGGUCAUUACCGGCGCAUUGUUCAGCUGCUAAUUGUGGAAUGGAACAAAUGUGUACCGAAGAAGGUAGCUUCAUUGCAAACGUUACUGUUCCCAAUGUUUCACUUUCGAUGCCUUUUCGCACUUUGCAGGUGCUAAAUAUGUCGCAAGAAGUUGCUCUCAUUGUGCUUGAAGUGUCGCAGAGUCUGGCACAUACAUUCAUGGUCAGUCAAAAAACACGUUUUUGUAACCUCCAUACGUUUUCAAAACUGUUUUCUAUUUACCUAUCACUGAUGGAUGGGCACUGGUCAGAAAGUGUUCGUUUACAUGCGAUUGCUGCAACAUCAUUAUUCAUCAAUAUGUUUCAUGAACGUCUUUUUGAAAGUGGACCGCUAGACGAUUUAUCACACCUCAUAGAACGGGUUCUCGUUUCUAUGGCUAGUCAGAUAUCUACUGUCCAGAACUCUGCUGCUGCGUUAUUAUAUCACAUUCUCCGUUAUGGAUUCGAGGCUCUAGAAGCUUACCUAGCUCAUUCAAUGGAGAAAACCUGUGUGGACAGGCUUGGUCGCUCAGGCUGUCAAACCACUGUCGCUUUAGCCAGAUUGCUGGGUGUGUUUCUUUCCAUUUUGGCAGUUCGCUAUAAUGUCGUGAAGACUACUAGCUUUGACCAAGCAGUGAUGGAACUCGUUCAUCAGUUGCGUGGUGUGAUGUCUGCUACUGUGUCUUUAAAAGAUGCCGGAAAUGACCCUAUCCGACUUGCUGACUUGCACAUACAGUUGGCUGAAAGCUAUCGAGGAUCUGCUGCCUUAAGAAGUGCAUGGUUCGAAGCUUUAGCUGAGCUUCAUUCUGCUGGUGAAUAUCAUGCGAGCAAGAUUAUUUUACGAGUUAGCGAAGUUGACUGGUCGGCGUUCGAAUGGAUCAGUUCAUCAGUAGUUGCUGAUGAAGGUACUCUACAACCGGAUGGAAACAUUCAGCCGGCCGGUUUCUCUCUGGAAAAUUUAGCCACCAAAAUUGAACAAACCGCACAGGCUUUAACUCUUGCAGAGAGAUAUGAAGCGAUUGGCCCAUUGUAUCGCUUAAUCAUACCUUUGUUUGAAAAGACGAGCAAUUUCAAGUCACUGGUGGGAAUCUAUGCAGAACUACAGCAAGCAUAUAGCCGUGCCGCUGAAGUCAAAACAAGUGGUAAACGACAUCUCGGUACUUAUUUUCGGGUCAAAUUUAUUGGUGAAAACCAUCUGAAGCAGGAUCAUGACACUGAUUGGGUUUAUCGAGAAGGUGGUCUGGCAUCUCUGGCAGAGGUGUCCAUACAAUUUCGAGAGUAUUAUAGACAAUUGCUGGGACAUGAUCGCAUUCAAGUGGAGCCGGAAAGUGAGGUUCGUUCUUCCAUUACUUCCUUUGAUCCAUCGAUUGUCUACAUUUUUGUUACACACGUUGAGCCAGUUCUUCCCGAAGGAUGCGCAUUUAAGCAUUUUCUGACGCAUACAAAUAUUAGCUAUGUAAAUUCUGUAUUGUUUGUGAAUGCCUUACUUUACGUUGUAACCAUUAAAAUUGCAGUGGCUGGAUCGUUUCCUUCCUGUCGAAGAAGGCUGCGUGUAUUAUCUGCUAAUAGCAGUAUGUUUUCUCCUCUUGAAUUUGCUUGUCAAAAGCUGGAAUUGAAAGCAAAUCAGAUAAAUGCCGUUUUGAAUGAUGUUAAUGAAAUCCGUCCUCUCGACGUGAAAGGGCUACAGCUGCUUUUACAAGGAGCUGUUAUGCCAACGGUUAAUGCAGGACCGUUAUCUUAUGCGGAAGCAUUUACACAACCGGAACAGAAGAAACGUUAUGGAGAUGACGGAAUGCGCGUCUUAGAACUAGCUUUUAGGAAGCUGAUGUCGGCAUGUGACAAGGCGUUGCAAGUGAAUGAAACUGUAAUAGCUGCAGAUCAGCAAACAUACCACGAAGUCCUACUAGCGUCCUUCGAAGCCAUGCACGAACGGCUGUCUGGAUUUUUUGGCAAUUCGGUGUGCUUAUUUCUCUACAUGAAAUUUACAACAAGAUGUUGCAAUUAA